AGAUUACGUUACUUCUCUAUUCUCCUGUCUCUUCCGAGUCUUUCUUUGGAAAGCGAAGUGGCGCACUUCCUGCCAACGAGGUUUCAGCAGUGCACGUAUAGUACCUGCCGAAGCAACCAGCAUUGGCGUUCACAUCAACAUAAAUUCGUUUGUAUGCCCUUUUUAAUCUACGUUAGUACUCAUUGCUGCUUUUUUCACUUCGCUCUCUCGGAUCAGCCUUCUCGAACGGAAGGUGCCUGAUCGCCUCUCGUAGAAAACAAAACACCUCAGUAGCUUCUUGUGUCUCUGUGCACGCACGGCAAAAUGGGUGCGUGCUUCUGCUGCUGCGGUGAUUCUGAGAACCUCGACUACCGUGUACCACCGUCGCGCUUCAGCGGACUCAAUGGUGCUAAUAAUCGCUCCUACGACACCGGCGCUUGUAGGCAAGACAAGCAGCAGUUUAGCAACACCUUAAUAUGCGAGUUGUGCGGCACGAAGAUAGAUACCGCUCUCUUUGACGGUCACAGGGAGGUGUGCAAGGCGAAUCACUUACGCACCCUUCUCGCCAAAAAUGCUGCGCUGUUGUCGGACGCCAACAUGCGGCCGUCGUCGUCGAACUCUCGCUUGAAUGAGGACCUCCUCGGGGUAGGCGAGAAGGAGCUCUGCGUUGUCUGCAUGGAUCGCCCCCGCUGUUACGCCUUCCUCCCCUGCGGGCACAUUAGCUGCUGCGAGGACUGCACCAAGCUGCUCGAUCAAUGCCCGCUGUGCCGGCAGCCGCGUGAGGGUUUGUGCUACGUGUCGGCGAAUGUGGCCGCGCAGUACGAGUGCAAGCACUGCCAUGAGCUGAUCGCCCCAACGCUGUUCGACGGCCACCGCGAGGUGUGUGGGCUGCGACAACGCCAAAAACAGCGGGAGGCGGAGGAAGCCGCUGCUCGUGCGCAAGCUGCUGUGCAAAACAAAGAGGGUGGGUUGGCCAACGAGGGCGUCGUGUCGGUGCACGUAGAGAAAAGUGCGACAAGAAACAACGUCAGGGACGACCUCCUCUUGAAGAAGUCAAACUCCCCCGUCCAAGCUACGCCACCGCCUCAGCAGAAGGACGCUGAUUCCGUUUUCGUCCCUGCCCGGUCUCACUCGCACGUCUGUCUUGAAUGUGGCAAGCGGUACAACCAACUUGUUGUGUGUGUGCCAUGUGGUCAUCGCGUGCUGUGCCACUCCUGUGCGAAGAAGCGGACGACGUGCCCGGUUUGCGUGAGCGAAAUUCGCGACACCGUCGUGGCGUUUGACUGA